CCAGAUGGCAGUAAUAAUCUUAAAUAUUCUGCUACGCACAACGCAGAAACAGAGAAGAAACAUUGUAAACUUCACGUGAUUAAAUCGAAACAAUAACAAUAUAUUAAAAGAAACAAAUCGCUGAAACUGAGACCGAUAAAAGUGUUAAUCUAUUUCAUUUAAGCACAUACUGCGAAACAUGUCAUGCAUUUAGACAUGUGUUGCAGACCGUAACAGCUUCAAGUGGUUUGCACGUGAUUGUGCCAAAUGAAUGCUUGGCUACAAAAGCAAAAAUUUUAAGGAUAGAAAAGUAAAUCGAUACAUAAUCUUUAAAUAAUACGGGAUAAAAGCACAAGUAACCAUGCGAAGAAGACCACAGCCUGAAGCUUCGGCACCGGUAUAUCCUAGGACUGGAAGUAAGAAACCCGUUUUUGCAGCACAGUCAAAGUUUCACACAGACCUCUGGCUAUGUUUCACUGUGCAAAACUGGAUACUGGACUUUGGGAGGCCAAUUGCUAUGAUUGUCCUGCCUCUGGAAUGGUUUCCUCUUAAUAAACCCAGUGCUGGGGAUUACUUUCACAUGGCCUACAAUGUUAUUACACCAUUCUUGCUACUGAAGCUGAUUGAACGGAGCCCUACAGCCCUUCCUCGCUCGGCUGUUUAUCUCAGCAUCAUUACAUUCGUCAUGGGAGCCAGCAUACACCUGGUGGGAGAUUCAAUUAACCAUCGACUCAUCCUCAGUGGGUACCAGCUUCACCUUUCUGUCAGAGAGAACCCUAUUAUCAAGGAUCUCAAGCCUGCCUCACUGAUUGAUUCCUUUGAGCUUCUUUAUUACUACGAUGAGCACUUAGGACAUUGUAUGUGGUAUAUCCCAUUCUUUCUUAUUCUCUUCCUGUAUUUUACUGGAUGCUUUACACAAGUUAAAGAUGAGAAGAUGCCUCUCUCGGGUUGGCUGCUACUUGGUCCCAGUGCAGUUUACUACUGGUAUCUGAUUACAGAAGGCCAGAUUUUUGUCCUGUAUAUUUUCACAUUUUUCGCCAUGGUUGCCACUGUGAUGCGUCAGAGGCGGAUGGGGUUCAGGCUGGACAACAAUGGCCGUUUCCUCUUCUAUAACUUCAUCAUUACAUUGGGUUUAGUGCUGAUUUGGGUUGCAUAUCUGUGGAACGAUAAGGUUUUGCGCAAAAAAUAUCCUAGCAUCAUCUAUGUUCCAGAGCCUUGGUCCUUUUAUACUUUACACAUCAAAGGCAAUUGA